AGUGCUGAGUGGAAUGAUCCGCGUGCCGAACAAAACAUGGCUAGUUUACUGAGGACGCGCAGCGUCGUGCUAUCUCUUUUGGAAAAGGCUCGAGGGGACAAGCAUCUGAAGAGCUCUCUCGAAGCUGAGGUCGAUAUUAUCUUGCCCGUCGAUAUAUACGUGCAACCGUAUUUGCUACAGCUGAUUGAACGCGAAGAGACCUUCCUGAAGACGCUUUUCAUCGUUUCUGAUACCAACAUCACGGACGAAGGCUCUCUCAGCAUUUCGUAUUCACGCUGAUCGAGCUCUUGUGCGGGAAGGAAAAACGCGACGAAGUCGUAGGACCUAUGAUCUUCCCUUCUAGCACAGUGACUGGGUAUCCGUUCUGACGGUGGACUCCCGAAUCUGAUGAGCCAAACGCGGUAGCGUAACUUUCUAUUCCGAAGUUAACAAGUACCUUUACGAAGUCAUCC